UAUUUUAAUAGCUGUACAUAGCCAAAGGCCACUGACGGUUCGCCUAGUUUUCAUCGUUCUGGUUGAGCGGGUUGGAGGUGUACACCCAUUGGCUGCUCAUAAUCACGUGAUAGAAUGAUAUAGAAAGAUGGGAGGGCUACCAAGUGAAACUAGAAUAUGUGUAGUAACGAGUUGGAAUUAUUUACAACCAAUUCGGUGAAAAUUAAUGAUCAUGAGUUCGUUUUUGAUGACUCCAGUUCAAUACACAGAGCCGAAAUUUCCUCCCGCUGAUGAGUUUUCACAACAAAGUUAUAUUCCAAAUCAUGGAACAGAUUACUAUAGAACAAAUUUUCAGACACAUUAUGGAUUUCCAGACCCUAGACGCUAUGACGAAGAAAAAUAUACCCCGAAUCAGUUUGGAGGAUGUACGAACAACGAACCAGUGUCACCGCCGCGACCCUCACCCCCAGUCUCUAACCACGGCGGGGGUGGGGGAGGGACAUUGAAUGGAUUUGGUUCCUCACAAUCCUCCACACCUAGCCCCCCUCCCGUCCCCUCACCAGAUGAAAACUCCUCACCCCUCUCACAGAGUUCCUGUGCCCAGCAACAAUCUGAUGGUCAACCGGUCAUUUACCCGUGGAUGAAGAAGAGUCAGGGAAAUAAUCCAGGAAACAACCUGGUUUCAGAAUCAAAAAGGAAUCGAACCGCCUAUACACGACACCAGAUUCUGGAGUUAGAAAAGGAAUUCCACUUCAAUCGGUACCUAACGCGUAGAAGACGAAUUGAGAUCGCUCAUACACUGUGUCUAUCAGAACGACAAAUCAAAAUCUGGUUUCAGAACAGGAGAAUGAAAUGGAAAAAGGAACAUAAACUCCCAAAUACAAAAACAAGACUAAUGGAAGCCGGAACUGGGCUUCUCGAUCCAACUCAUCACUUUACUCAUAUGUUGGGACAUCCGGAUUUAACCCAUAUCUAGUCAAUUUUGUGUUCAUAAAAUACCGAAGUCAUCAGUUCAAAGGAGACUUUGUAAAUCCAGUGUGCUUGUGAAAGUAUGAAUGUGCUGACUAUACCAAAGAAUUCUACAGAGAAAAUCCGGACUUUGUUCUCAUACUAAAGUGUAUGAUGAUAUUACAGCCGUGCUGUACAAAUAGCAUAAUAAUUUAUACAAUUUGUGUUUUAAUAUUCCCUUAGGACACAGAUAAUUGAAAGUAGAUUAACAGAAUUUAGCAGGUGUUCCAGACACUGCAAAUUGACUCCAACAAAUUUAUUACCGGGUAAGCUUUUACUGGUAGUAGGAAACCUUGUGUUAUAAUGUAUCUACACUAAUUUCAAAUCCGCUUCGUCAAGUAUUACUACAAAACCAAAGAAAUGCCUCUGUUUUGUUUAUUUAUAUACUGUGUACAUAUUGUUGUUGUAUAAACUAUUGUUUUAUAUAUAAAUCAAUGAUCGCCCAUCUAAACUCUCAUGGCAAAAUGAUUCAGACUACAUUCAUGACGUACUUUAGAUAUUGAAAUCAAUUGUUUCGUUGUGGUCUUACGAGUUUUCAAAUCGUCAAGUAUUGUCAAAUAGUGUUGAGAAUUUUAUUUUUUAGGAAAUAACGUUUUUUUAAAUGAAUACAUUAAAGUUUAUUUGAAAUUCAUGUUCUCUGUUAUGAUGAAAAAUAAUAUGUUAAGGUUUUGUGUCAUCUAUCUCUACAAAUUAAUGUAGAUUCUACAACAUUUCAUAUGUUGCCUGUGUCUCACCUACAAUUAUAUGCCAGAUGAGUGAGAGACAAUCCUUUGUUCUUGAUGAAUAAAGCCAUGAAAUUUUUAUACUUCA